AUGACACAACCCGAGGCGACGACGCUACAGAAACUCGUCGAUAAUGCAUCCGCUAUACGUGGAUCUCUUCUUUCCAUAGGGUCGGCCGAAGAAAUCAUGAACAACAUAAUGAUACACAUACUGCUUUCGAAGGUCGACGCCCAAACCAAAGCGAAGUACAACGAGCAGCAAGGUUUCGAUAAACUGUCCUCAUGGGAGGAUUGUUGCAACACUCUAAACCGUCGAUGUCAAUAUCUUGAGAGCCAAGGCGAUCAUCAGUCAGAUCAGCGUGGCGCAAAGCCCAAGGUUAAACAGGCAUCAACUUCAAAGACGUUUGUGACCACUAAUGCGAACUGUGUGUAUUGCAACUCACCGUCGCACUAUAUCAGCAGCUGCAAUAAAUUCAAGGAGUUAUCCUUGCAGCAACGAAUCGAUUAUGUACGCAAGGCUGGCAUAUGCUUCAACUGUCUACGAAAGACGCACUGCAUGAAAGAAUGCCAAUCAAAAUCUAGAUGCAAAAUUUGUCAAUCAGUUCAUCACACACUUCUACACAAUUUUACGCAAGGUGCCAAUUUACGAAUGCCCGUUUCUACCGCUCCAUCAAAGGUCCAAGACUCGAAUAAUGCUAUGCCCCAAUCAAGCGCCUUGUUGGUGUCACGCACUAUUAAAAAGGGCAUAAUCCCAACUGCAAUAGUCCAAAUUAGAGACAAAUUUGGUCAACUACACUUAGUUCGCGCAUUAUUAGAUUCAUGUUCUGAAAUUAGUUUCAUUACAGAGGAAACAGCAAAACUGUUGCAGCUUGAAAAGCGUCGCGUACAACAAGAAGUGAGCGGUAUCGCAGUGGAUAUUUUGAUCAACACUAUGGGAUUUUUUGAGGCAAUGCGAGAAGGUAAAUACAACCUGGGUCCAAAUAUGCCCUGCUUGCUUAACUCUGCGUACGGGUGGAUUGUUGGCGGAAGUAUUGGGAGUGUUGAUAUCAGUAAGGCGCAGCAGUGUAAUGUAGUUCAAGAAGCUAGCAGUCUUGAACAACUUGUUAAAAAAUUUUGGGAAGUUGAAGACUGUAUCACUAAACCAGCAAAAUUUACUGACGAAGAACAAAUGUGCGAAGAACAUUUCGUCAACACAGUAAGAGUGCAGAAGGACGGCCGUCUACAAGUAAGGCUUCCUUUUAAAACAAUGCCAAAUGCUCUUGGCAACUCAUUUGACAACGCGAGCAAACGUUUCAAAAUGCUCGAGAGAAGAUUUGGCCGGGAUGAACAACUCAAGAAUCUAUACUCCGAGUUCAUGAACGAGUAUAUCUCACUGGGUCAUAUGUCACUCGCACAAAAUGUCAACUUAAUGAAACCUCACUUUUACAUACCUCAUCAUUGCAUUUUGCGACCGCAGAGUUUAACAACAAAACUUCGCGUUGUCUUUGACGCCUCUGCGAAAACAACAUCAGGACAGUCAUUAAACGAAUUGCUUAUGGUGGGGCCAACCAUUCAACAAGACUAA